CCAGGGACAGAGGAACAAGAUGGCAGUCAGGUUCCUCAACUGGAGUAUGAAGCACCCCCAGGAGGGACAGCAGCUGGAGCUGGAGUGCGUGAAUAACAACAGUGACAAUGGGGUCUCCUGGAUCCGCCUGGAUAAGUAUAGCAACCUUCACUUCAUUGUCUACAUUUCCAAGAUUUCCUCAACCACUUUCCCAGGGAACAAAGGACCACCUUCAGAAUUUGAGGUGUCAAAACAAGGCAGCUCCUAUCGGCUGGUGGUGAAGAACUUCAGGGCACAGGACCAGGGGAUCUAUUUCUGCAUCGCCAUCAUCUACCCCAUGCUGCACUUCAGCACUGGACAACCCGCCUUCUUCCCAGUCACAACUAAAGCGGCACCCACCACACCUGCAACCACCACCCCCAGCAGCCAGGCCACCAAGAAGGACAAUUCACAACAGAGUCCAGAUGCAGGAACAAGCAGCAAGAACACGCUGAAUUCCAUCUGUGAAGUUUUCCUCUGGGUUCGAGUGGCUGGCACCUGCCUCCUGCUCCUCACUGCCAUAACCAUCACCAUCAUGCUCUGCCAAAAUCAAACGUUCCCAUGCUAACAGCAGGAAGCAUCAGCAGUGCCGUAAUGAACACAGCCACGCAUCACACACACUCACCACAAGCCCAUCCCUUGCAGGACCAAGCUCACCGUAAGCAAGCAGUGCUGCGUCGCUGCGCAGCAGAAGGCACACAGGCGUCCUCCUCAAGCACCGCACGGAUCCCAUCAGCAACACACACAGCUGCCCUGAUGCAGCGCGGGCAUUUGGCUGCUCCUCCUCUGCUGCCCACCAGCACUGCACACCUCCCGCGGCCUGACAUGUGCUCCCGCCCCACACUGCUGGGACACACCCAGACCGCGGGGGACAGCGCUGACCCCAAGAAGCCGGGCAGCUCUGUGCCGCUGUGGAAAAGUGCUGUGCUGGACAGCUGAGCCUUCCACAAGAUGACCAAUAAACCAAUCAUAUCCAAAACUCAAUUCUGGUGCUCCAGUCUGU